AUGGCUCGUCGCAUUUUCCGGAUAGUCCUUGUCCUAAUAGUCGCGUUGGUGGCCAAGGGGCAACCUGACAAACCAAAGAAGGUCAAGUGUGAAGAUAAGAAGAACUUCCGGGCAUGCUCUAAUAGAGAUCUAUACUGCCCUGCUACUUGUCCGAGUACCUGUGUAGUCGACUGCUGGCUAUGCCAGCCUGUUUGUACCCCACCGCCACCACCACCACCUCCUCCACCACCCAAACAACCCAAACCGCGCAAUGUCAAGUGCCAAGAUAAGUCGUACAAAAAGACAUGUAAUCAGCGCAUGUCUUGCCCUGCUGCCUGCCCAAGGACCUGUAGUGUUGAUUGUGUCAAAUGCCAGCCUGUUUGUGGGCUACCACCUCCGGCACCAACUUACAGCCCUCCGCCCGUGGUCACUCCAACCCCACCUCCUCCACCUCCAAAUUCCAACCCAUCAGGGCCACCUAGUCCAAGUCAUGGCUCGCCUCCACCAGAAAUGGCUCCAAGCCCUCCCGACAGUUCUGAGGCUGCAGGUGGGAAGAGAGUCCGUUGCAAGAAUAGUGCAUAUCCCGGCUGCAAUUACCAGGAGCAUCAGUGUCCUGCAGAUUGUCCUAACCAUUGUGAGGUCGACUGCGUCACCUGCAAACCAGUAUGCAACUGCAACAUGCCUGGAGCUGUAUGUCAAGACCCGAGAUUCAUCGGAGCUGAUGGAAUCACCUUUUACUUCCACGGCAAGAAGGAAAGGGACUUCUGCCUGGUUUCCGACACCAACCUGCAUAUCAAUGCGCAUUUCAUUGGUAGGAGAAUUGAGAACAUCGGAAGGGACUUCACCUGGGUUCAGUCUCUGGGAAUCCUUUUUGGCAAACAUCAGGUCUUCAUUGGUGCCAAGAAGACAGCUACUUGGGACGAUGCAGUCGACCGGUUACAGCUAUCCUUUAAUGGGAUGCCUGUCAUCCUUCGGGAACAAAAAGGUGCAAAAUGGCAGCCGGCAUUCUCGCCAGGGAUUCUCAUAACAAGGUCGCAUGACACCAAUGCAGUUGUAAUAGAAGUCGAAGGUAACUUUCAGAUCAAAGCAGCUGUAGUCCCCAUCACUGAAAAAGAUUCAAGAAUUCACAAGUAUGGAAUCACGGGUGACAACUGCUUUGCUCAUCUAGAUCUGGGGUUCAAAUUUUACUCAUUAAGUGACAGCGUAAAUGGGGUGCUGGGACAAACAUAUGCAAGAAAUUACACAAGUAGAGCGAAGAUGGGAAUAGACAUGCCUGUUUUAGGAGGAGAGAAGGAGUUCGCCUCUUCGAACAUCUUCUCCACAGACUGCACUGUUGCCAGGUUCGCGGGAACACAGACGAGCAUUUCAAACGAUUUUCAGUUCAUGGACUUGAGCUGUUCAAGUGGCAGCAAUGGCAGUGGAGUGGUGUGCAAGAGAUGAACAUGUAACAUCUUUUGCUGCAACAGCCAAUACUAAUCCAAGAAUAUUGAAUUGCUAUGUCAUAAAAGAAUAAUAAGGGCAGAUCACAAAAGGAAAUCUGUACCUGGAUCAAGUAUUUGAUUUAUGUAUUCUAGCACAAGUGUCUUCUUUUGUGAUAGUAUGAUCAUUCAUUUCCAAACUAGUUAAGAAUGAAUUCUAACUUAUACCUGAUGCCUCCAAACUGGGAUUCUGCUACAAAUGCUACGAAUGAACAUGUUUCCAACUUCUCAAAGUCUAAACAAAAAAAAAACCAAAACAAUGGAGCUAUAUAUUUCAA